CCGUCUCUUUAAGUCAGCCAAGCUCACCUCUCAAUCGCAACAACAACUUUUGAGGCAUCAAUUGCGGUAGUUUUACUUCUACAAUCAGAUUUAUCAUUACAUUCAGUCAUAACCACAAUGGAGUCCGUCCAUCAUGUAUCGACCUCUUCGAAAGUCCUUCUCAAGAAGGCGCGCAAGUUGGUGCCCCCUAUGCUGGAGCAAUUCCACAAAGGGCAGCAUGGUCGCGUUGCAGUCAUCGGAGGGUCUCUAGAUUACACAGGCGCGCCAUACUUCUCCUCGAUGGCAUCGGCCAGACUAGGAUGCGAUAUGAGCCACGUUAUUUGCGAUAAAUCGGCGGCCACAGUCAUUAAAACCUACUCCCCAAAUCUGAUGGUUCACCCUAUCCUGCCAAGCAGCGCCUCGGUCAAGGACCCCGAGUCGAUCGAUGCUCCAUCGCUCGCUAGCCCAAUCAUUGGUAUGCUCUCUCGACUGCACUGCCUGGUAAUCGGACCGGGACUGGGGCGCGAUGGGGUCACCCUCAAGGUUGUGACGGAGGUGAUGAAAGAAGCGCGGUCCCGCUCGAUUCCCUUUGUCCUAGACGCGGAUGGUCUACUUCUUGUGACUGAGGACCCGGACCUCGUUCGCGGGUACAAAGAAUGUAUUCUAACGCCUAACGUGAUGGAAUUUGGUCGAUUGGCCAAGGCGUUGGGCAUUGAUGUGCCAAGUCUCGCUGAGAUCAACUCCAAGUCUGACGGUGGCGAUAAAACAAGCGAGGAGACGAAGGCUUGUGAGCAGUUGUCUAAUGCCCUUGGUGGUGUGACCAUCAUCCAGAAGGGCCCCCAUGAUGUGAUCUCCAACGGUAUCACAAGUGUCGUCUCUGAUAUCCAGGGAGGGUUGAAGCGCAGCGGUGGGCAAGGCGAUACGUUGACGGGAUCCUUGGGCACACUCCUAGCCUGGAGAGCAGCCUACCAUGAAGGACUCUGGGACUCCGGAGAGAAAGACAACGCCAAGGAGGCGCAGAGCAAGGAAGACAUUCGGGCGGAGCUUGAGUCAGAGGAUAGGCGGAUGUCCCCUCCCACGACUUUACUUCUGGCUGCUUUUGCUGGUAGCUCGAUCACGCGGGAAUGCUCUCGACGGGCUUUCUUGGCCAAGGGUCGGAGCAUGCAAGCUAGCGAUUUGACAGAUGAGGUUCACGAGAGUUUUCUGAAGUUGAUUGGCGAGCCGGAACAGUCCAAAAUGCGUCUAUAGAAGGUUUCUGGCCCACCCCGGAGGCUGCAUUACCCGUCAGUCAACAGCUUGUAGCUUGCCAUGUCAUAACAUAAUGAAAUUCAUACCUAUGGACUCUUGGCACGUUCAUCGUCUAUAAAUACACAUACUUCUGUGAUGACCAGAGUGACGUCUGCAAAAAGCUCGUAUUUGGGGCAAGGCUGAA